CGCUCUAAAUAACUUCAUUAAAACUUCUUUCUGGUCAGAGCGAAGCAAUAAUUAUUAUUGACAAUUAUUAGCAAUCAAUAAACUAGAUCACAUUAUGGCGAGCACUAUUAAGGAAGCAUUAUCAGUUGUGAGUGAAGAUCAGUCUUUGUUUGAGUGUGCAUACGGAACUCCCCACCUUGCUAAGACCGAGAUGACAGCUUCCUCUUCCAGUGAAUAUGGGCAAACAUCAAAGAUGAGUCCCCGUGUCCCCCAGCAGGAUUGGUUGUCACAACCACCAGCCAGAGUCACCAUCAAGAUGGAAUGCAAUCCAAGUCAAGUUAAUGGCUCAAGGAAUUCCCCUGACAACUGCAGUGUGGCAAAAGGAGGAAAGAUGGCCAGCAACUCAGAAAAUGCUGGAAUGAACUAUGGAGGCUAUAUGGAAGAAAAACAUAUCCCACCACCAAACAUGACCACCAAUGAGCGGAGAGUUAUCGUUCCAGCAGAUCCCACAUUAUGGAGUACAGACCAUGUACGCCAGUGGUUGGAAUGGGCCAUCAAAGAAUAUGGCCUCCCAGAUGUGGACAUCUUGUUGUUCCAAAAUAUUGAUGGGAAAGAAUUGUGUAAAAUGACCAAAGAUGACUUCCAAAGGCUCACACCAAGUUACAAUGCAGACAUUCUUCUCUCACACCUACACUACCUCAGAGAAACUCCUCUUCCACAUUUGACUUCAGAUGAUGUUGAUAAGGCCUUACAAAACUCUCCACGGUUAAUGCAUGCUAGAAAUACAGGAGGUGCAGCUUUUAUUUUCCCAAAUACUUCAGUUUACCCUGAAGCAACCCAAAGAAUUACAACCAGGCCAGAUAUACCAUAUGAACCAGCCAGGAGGUCAGCUUGGACAAGCCACAGUCAUCCUGCCUCUCAGUCAAAAGCUGCCCAAGCAUCAUCUUCAACAGUAUCCCAAACAGAAGACCAACGUCCUCAAUUAGACCCCUACCAAAUACUUGGACCAACCAGCAGCCGUCUUGCAAAUCCAGGGAGUGGGCAGAUACAGCUAUGGCAGUUCCUGUUGGAGCUCCUGUCAGAUAGUUCCAACUCUAAUUGUAUCACCUGGGAGGGCACCAAUGGAGAGUUCAAGAUGACUGACCCUGAUGAAGUAGCUCGGCGCUGGGGAGAAAGAAAAAGCAAACCCAACAUGAACUAUGAUAAGCUCAGCCGUGCUCUCCGUUACUAUUAUGACAAAAAUAUUAUGACUAAAGUCCACGGUAAGCGUUACGCCUACAAGUUUGACUUCCACGGAAUUGCUCAAGCUCUCCAGCCACAUCCUCCAGAAUCAUCCAUGUACAAAUAUCCCUCAGACCUGCCUUACAUGAGUUCCUAUCAUGCACACCCCCAGAAAAUGAACUUUGUAGCUCCCCAUGCUCCUCCUUUGCCUGUCACUUCCUCCAAUUUUUUUGCUGGACCCACUCCAUACUGGAAUUCACCAACUGGAAGUAUCUACCCUAAUACUAGGCUUCCAGCCACGCACAUGCCUUCUCACCUUGGCACUUACUACUAAAGG